UGGAGGACUAUAACGUGGCAUUCGGUGGGAGAAGAGGAAUGACCCAACAAAGAAUUGAUACAGGCUCUUGGACGCAGAAGGGUAGGAAUGCAAAGGAAGCUAUUGGUAAAGCUUGGUCAAAGUUUUUCCAUUUUGCGGGAGUACCUGGAAGACAGGCUGACAAUCCUUACUUUGUCAGCGCGGUCAGGGAGACACAGAAGUGGGGUGAAGGUAUCGCAUCACCAACUAGACGGGAUAUUGAUGGCAAGUACCUUGAUCAGAACGAGCAAGACUUGAAGACGAGGUACGUAAAGUUUCGGAAAGACUGGCCCUCUUUUGGCGUCACGUUGAUGUGUGAUUCAUGGACUGGGCCGACAAGGAUGAGUGUCAUCAACUUUUUGAUAUACUGCAAUGGAGUCAUGUGGUUCCACAAGUCUAUUGAUGCGAGUGGAAGAACUCAAGAUAGCACAUAUUUGCUUAGGGAGAUUCGAAAGGUGGUGGACGAGAUUGGACCGGAGAAUGUCGUGCAUAUAGUCACCGAUAAUGGCUCGAAUUACAAGAAAGCUUGCAAGGCACUAGGAGAGGUGUAUGAACACAUUCUUUGGACACCUUGUCUAGCACACACCGUCAAUUUAAUGUUGAAGGAUAUAGCUCGAAGGCCCGAACAUUCUGGUACGAUCAAGCAAUGCAAGCGAAUUUCUAAUUGGUUACACAAUCAUGGUCAGUUGAAUACAAUGAUGAGGAACGCAAUCGGUGGUGAGUUGGUCAAGUGGAAUGCCACUCGAUUUGGAACCAAUUACAUGUUCUUAGAGAGCAUCUAUCGGAAACGUGAUCGUUUCAUGCAGUGGAUGGCAUCUACUGAGUUUUUACAAAGCAAAUGGGCAGAUACCGAAGAUGGUCGAUUUACUCAUUCCAGGUUUUCAAAUUUGGAGUGGUGGGACGGAUUGAAAUAUGUCAUCGACACAGUUCAAGCAAUAUACAAGUUCCUUCGCUUCGCUGAUCAGGACAAGCGGCCCAACAUGUGCGAAGUCGUGAUGUCGUACCAGAAUACGAGACAGGAGCUGCAAUCUUUCUUUGGAAAUAAUGUUUCCACUCGGGACGAGUAUCUUAAGCUACUGUCCUAA